UUCCUGGAUCCGCAUCCAUCAUUUCAAAAUAUUUGCAUGUUGCAUCCCGCACAAUCCCCAAUAGGACCCAUCUACAACUCAUUAGUCAGGCCAUCCCAAGUUUGUCGAAAGGAAGAAAUUCCAAUUGAGUCAUCCCCUGUGACUGAACGUCUUUUCGGUCCCACCAUCAAUGCCCGCUGAGCGUACCUCAGAAACACGUCGUGCUUCCCGGAAGACGAGCAGCAACAAUGACGAGGAGAUCGAGGUCAAACGAGCUCGUGGCGAGAUUUCAUGUGCAGAAUGCCGGCGAUUGAAGCUGAAGUGCGACAAGAAACUUCCUUGCGGUUCAUGCGUGCGUAGAGGAUGCACGACGAUCUGUCCGAAUGGCAGCUUGUCUGCUGGGCAGGGGACGAGGUUCAUCCUUGCCGAUACGGAGCAAUUGCACCGGAAAAUAUCCGAGAUGAGUGAACGAAUCCGACAGCUGGAGGACGCAGUGGCGAUCUUCCAGGCAGGUGUAUCUAAUGAACGACAUCCGCUCCUACGAGAUGAACUCUUGACUAUCAAGUUCGGUCCCGAGGUCCGUCGGACGGUGGACGAAGAACAUACGAGAGAGAAGCUGUCACAAUCUAUUGACGCUCUCGGCACCCUGACGAUUGGUGAUCACGGCGAGACGAAGUACUUUGGACGGUCUGGAGGAUCAGAGACCCUAUUUUUGGCCAAUCGUGCUACGAUCGAGGAUUCCGAAGAUGACCUCGAAUCGCUUCCGCCUGAGCUAGAGAACCUACGUCUUACGUCUCCUCUCGCCAUUGUGGAAGACAACUUUGAGGUUCUACUUGACCACCUGGAGUCUCAACUACCGCCGCAACUUCGUGCUUGGGCAUUGUGUGAGGCCUACGUAGCGCAUUUCACAUGGUGGUGCCGCCCGAUCAAGCGCGACGAGCUCAUCGAUGAUAUCCUGACGCCUAUCUACAAUGCCAUCAAGGACCCCGCAAAAUCAAGGGCUGCCUAUCAUCCCCACUUGCAAGAUACUCAUCGUUGCCCGCACCUGCUUGCAGUUCUAUUCUUCGUCCUCGCUGUCGGCGCACUCGUAGACUUGACGCUGCCACCUUGUAGUCCGGAGGCAGAGAAGUACUACCGACUUGGACGUACUGCAUUGUCCAUGAAGUCUAUCUUGGACUCGCCCGAGAUCGAAACGGUACAAGCUAUGAUCAUGAUGGCUGCAUACCAUAGUCUCUGUACCCUCCGAUAUAGUAUUGAGAGCGCUUGGACAUUAUCCUCAUUUGCCACCAAACUGGCCCAGAGUAUCGGGUUGCACCGUGAUAGCAAGCAGUGGAAGCUUGAGGAUAAAGCGGUACAAAGGCGAAGAAAUCUUUUCUGGGAGAUAUUCCUUUUUGAGCUGGUUCACUGCAUAGCUCUGGGGCGACCCCCUUCGGUGAACCUCGCGCACGCAGAUUGUGAAUUGCCGGAAGAUGAUGAGGAUUGUGUCGCCGAGAAUGGCGAGAAGAUGUCAGGAUAUUGGAAUUUCAAGAUGGUGUUCUCUCGUGAGGUCUUCUCUCCAGUUGUGGAUUCUAUGCUGUCCGCCAAAGCCCCCAGCUACACUGCAAUCCUUGAGCUGGACAGACGGAUUCGCCAGGUCCAGCUACCUGCAGUGAAGCUUUACUUGAGGCCUGAUGACGACGACUAUAACAACCCUGCUUUGUGCAUGAAGAGCUAUCUCAUGUCCCACUACCGCUCGCUCACGAUGAUUCAUAUCCAUAGGACAUUCUUCGCCCAGGCUCUUUUGGACAACCCCACAAAUCCCCUAUCGAGUCCAUACGCUCCGUCGUUCUUGGCAGCGAAUCGCUGUGCCUCGAUUCUUUUGAAGUCGUUCAUCCACCACCAUGAGCGCUGCGGCGAGCUGUGCUCUCGAUUUUGGGGAAUGUGGACCCAUGCCUUCUCUGCGGCGAUAAUCAUCGGCGCGACGGUGGCCCGUAUGCCUCAGUCAAGUCUUGCGCCUAGUGCUUUGAUGGAAUUGGACCUGGCUGUUGAUGUUUUCGAGAGAGGAGCCUCGAAAUCCGUGCGCGCCAAGCAGGGUCUGCCAAUACUGCUGAAGUUGAAGGAGAGAGCAACCCAAGCCUACACGCAAUACCGGGACAGGCACCUGAACCCUACAAACGGCAUCCAGAAGAUUUCUGAAGACUACCAGACUGCGCUCGCUAUCUUUGGGGGCCAGACAAAUAUUCUGCCAACCAAAUCGGUCCCUAGGAAACGCCAGGCACCGUCUCCGACAUCCUCCAAUACCGCCUCCACGCCGAGCGAGAAAGGAACGUCGCCGUCGCCGGAGUUCCAUCCGUCGUUGAUGACGUACCUUUCUCAAAUGCCAGCAUCUUCCCCGUUCCAAGCCGCUGACCUUACACAAAUGCACGUGAACGAAGUGUCAACAAUGUGUCCUCAGCCUCCUGUGCAACCGCCGAUGCAGCCUCCUGUUGCUCAGCCCGGCCAGAACGUGUCAAUGACACAAAGCGAGCUCGACUUCUUGAAUAGUCUGCUCAGCGAUCCUGCCUACCAAUCAUUGCCACCCUUCUCUCCAGACUUGAACACGCCCAUGCAAAGCAACGUAUACACAAUGCCGUCUUUCCCUGGAGAUGUUGUCAUGAGCGACCAGUGGGUGUCUCUCAUGCAGGAGACGGGGAUUCUCGACGGAGUCGUUGAUUUCGCACAGCCGAGCUCAUAUGCAGAAGAUAUAUUCUCUCUCUAAACUGGUAAUGUCUCAUCUUAAUGUUGUAUUGUGCAAUCUCUAGGCAUUCACUGUCAUAUAUCGCUCCGUAGUGUAGUAUUCAUCUCUCGCAUUAUUUAUGUACUUAAAGCAACUAGUAUAGGAUGUCUUUUCUAGCUGCAAGGAAGGCGAAUGUGACGCUCGGUCCGCCACUGCUCAGGCUGCGCACUCUGCACAUAGCCUGCCGAUAUCUAGCACCAUCUUAUCACAACCCCACUGACCCACGAUGCUCACGCCAACGGGCCAUCCAUCCUCGCCGAAGCCCGCUGACACGCCAAGCGCGGGCAACCCAGCCAGAGAGGCAGGCACUGUGAGCACGUCUUGCACAUACGUGUCCAAGGUUCCU